AUGAGCGUGCAGGAGGAGAGCAUACAGCCUGAAGGUGCCGAGGCCAUGGCCGAAGCCUCGGCUCCUCCUCUCUCCCCCUCCGACUACAGACUCCCCUCUCCUCCUCCUGACCUGUGCGCGUCCUGCGGCCACAGCCACAAGCUGGAGGAGAACCACGAGUACCUCUACAGGGAAGAGGUGGACGACGACCUGGUCUGCCACAUCUGCCUGCAGCCGCUCAUCCGGCCUCUGGACACGCCCUGCGGACACACCUACUGCCAGGAGUGCCUGACCAGCUUCCUGCUGGAGAGCGACUUCUGCCCCGUGUGCCGCGCGGCCCUCAUGCUGCAGAGCUGCAGGAAGCCCAGCCUGCUGGUGCACAAGCUGCUGGACAAGCUGAGCGUGGCCUGCCCCUUCACUGACCAUUGCACGGACACACUGCCCCGGGGGGAGCUGGAGGACCACAUCAAAAGCAGGUGCAAAGGGGCCUCUCACUAUGGGCUCUCGGCGGAGAGGAAGCGGCGCUCGCAGGAGGGCGAGUGCACCGACAGCACGUCGGAGCUCACCAUCGCCACGCUGCCCGGCGACGGCCCCGCCUCCGCCGCCGUGGCCCUGCUGACCGACGAGCCGGGCCUGGUCAACCCGGCCUUCGACGCCAGCAUGGAGGACAACAGCCAGUCGGGCAGCAUGACCAGCCUGGCGGCUCGCAGCAGCAGCAAGAAGAUCAGAAACUUUGACCGGUCUUCAGUGAGGAGCCGCUCCUUCAGGAGGUUGAACCGGGCUUUCAGUGUCUUGCGGAGGACCAAGAGUGGCACUGCGGUCAGCAAUGAAACGUCCGAGGAGAGGGACAAUGCCAGGAAUUCCAGUGUGCCACAGGAAGUGCUGGCUCUUCCUCAGCUGCAUCACCUGAUCCCUGAUGGUGAAGUAACCAGUAUUAAAAUCACGCGGGUGGAUCCCUCGGAUCCGCUGGCCAUCAGCAUUGUCGGCGGAAACGAGACUCCUCUGGUCCGUAUCCUCAUUCAGGAUAUCUACAGGGAGGGCAUUAUUGCUCGGGAUGGCCGCUUGCUACCUGGGGAUAUGAUCCUGAAGGUGAAUGGCAUCGACAUCAGCAACGUCCCUCACUGCUUUGCGGUGGCCACCCUGAAGCAGCCCUGCCAGCUGCUCAGACUGACCGUCCUCAGGGAGCAGCGCCACCGCUACCGCUCGCACGGGCACCCGCACGGCCACGUGCACGGCCACGACGCGGCCGGGGCCCACCAGCCGCACGGCCAGCCCCACCAGCCCCUGAGGGACGACAGCGUCCACGUGGUGCUGAACAAGAGCGCUCCGGACGAACAGCUGGGCAUCAAGUUGGUGCGCCGGCCCGAGGAGCACGGCGUCUACAUCUUCCAUCUGCUGGAGGGGGGCCUGGCCGCCCGGGACGGACAGCUGUGCGUGGGCGACCGCGUGCUGGCCAUCAACGGGCACGACCUUCGUUACGGAGCCCCCGAGCACGCCGCCCUGCUCAUCCAGGCCAGCGAGCAGUGCGUCCACUUCAUAGUGUCUCGUCAGAUCUGCCUGCCAACCCCAGACAUACUCCAAGAAGCUCCGUGGGGCAUGGAUGGUCCCCCACCCUAUUCCCCGGUGGAUUUAGAGCAAACACUGCUGGACUCUUGUCAGAAGCCCGCUUGCUAUGAGAAGACAGUUACUCUAACCAAGGAGCCGUACGACUCUCUGGGCAUGACCGUGGCAGGCGGUAUGUCCAGCCGAGGGUGGGACCUCCCCAUCUACGUCACGAAUGUGGACCCUGACGGGGUGGUGGGACAGGAGGGAUCCAUCCGCAAAGGCGACAUUCUGCUGAACGUGAACGGGGUGGACCUGACGGGGGUGACCCGGGGCGAGGCGGUGGCCAACCUGAAGAACACCUCCUCUCCCGUGGUGCUCAAGGUCUUGGAGAUGCGUCCUCCCGAGGAGAGCCUUCAGGAGUACCCGCUGCCCCCUUGUCUCACGCCGUCCCCCACAGACAGCAUCAAGAGCCCCCUGCCCAACGAUGACUACUCCCCCCUGUGGGUGUCGUGGCUGCAGCUACCCAGACAUCUUUACUACUGCAAAGACAUCGUCUUGCGGCGGAGCACCUCGGGCAGCCUGGGCUUCAGCAUCGUGGGGGGUCAGGAGGAGAUCAACUGCAAUCAAUCCUUUUUUAUCCGCUCGAUCGUGGAGGGGACGCCAGCCUACAACGACGGUAGAAUAAGAUGUGGGGACAUUCUGCUGGAGGUGAACGGGAAGAGCACAUGGGGGAUGACACACACAGCGCUGGUUCGCCUCCUGAAGGAGCUCCGGGGCAGGAUCACCCUGACCAUCGUCUCGUGGCCGGGGAGUCUGCUGUAG